AACCACCAACUGCUCGUCCACCCACAAGCUAACCGGGGGAACUUGACAGAGCAGGUCCACCUCUGCCUAUCAUACUACACACGGUUUCCAUCCCGUCUUCUCCUCUGAUCAGCGGAGACGCGUAUCCCGACGACCAUGAGGCAGUUGAGCGGCAACCAGCCUGCCACCAGGUACAAAAGCAGCAAGAAAUACCCUCCUUCGAGUUUUGAUUUCCCCAUCCAUUCAUCGGACAGUCAGUUCAGGUCUUGUCUGCCAUGCCCUCCCUCGUCCGGACCGUCGCCUCCCUGGGGCUGGCGGCCGUCGUCGCCCAGGCCCAGCUCUGGGAUGAAGUCAUUGAGACCACUCUCGGUCCCGUCAAGGGGUACAAAUACUUCAACCAGAGCACCCUGGAGACCUUUUUCAAUCGCUCCGAGUCCAACGUCACGGCGUACCUGGGGAUUCCCUUCGCUGCCGACACGGGCUACCAGAACCGGUGGAAGCCACCGCAGCCGCGGGAACCCUGGAACGAGACCCUGGACGCGACCGCGUGGGGGCCCCAAUGCCCGACCGGGUCCAGCUCGUACAUCAGCGAGGACUGCCUCAGUCUGAACCUGUGGACAAACGCGGGUAACACCUCGGCUAAGCUGCCGGUGAUGGUCUGGAACCAGGGUUCCGACGAGACCAGCAAUGAUGAAUGGUGGUACGGCGGUGGUAUGGCUCUGCACGACGUCAUCCUCAUCACUUUCAACCGCCGUGACGACGCGUUUGGCUACCUGGCGCACCCAGAGCUGAACGCCGAGGGUCUCGCCGCCACAGGCUACAACACCUCGGGCAACUAUGGUGUGCUGGACUUCCUCGAGGUGCUCAAGUGGGUGCAGGCCAACAUUGCCCAGUUUGGUGGCGACCCGGACCGUGUCACCAUUGCCGGACAGUCGUUCGGCUCCUCGCAGGUCUACCACGCCGUCAACAGCCCGCUGUUUACGGGAUACUUCCACGGCGCCAUCUCGCAGUCCGGUAUCCGGUACCCCUACGACACGAUGCUGGCAGGUUUGGCGACCUCGUACGUCAACAUGUCCGAGGCCUUGUUCUUCGGCGAGAACUACACCACCUUCCACAACGUCUCGUCCAUUGCCGAGCUGCGCGAGUUGUCCAUGGAAGACCUGCUGAUCGGCGACCAGGACCGCGUCAACAACACGUGGAUCUGGUGGGUCACUGCCCUCUCCUGCGACUACCCGCUGAUCUUCAAGCCCGUGCUUGACGACUACGUCAUCCCGGAGAAGUACAUCGAGACGCUGCUCAACGGUCCCGCCAACGACGUGCCUCUGAUCACGGGCAAUACCAAGGACGAGUCCGGCGCUGCGACGAGCACCAACUACACCGUCGCGCAGUACAAGUACUACAACACCCUGCGCUACGGUAACCUGUCGGCCCGCUACUUCGAGCUCUACCCGGUCGACAACAACGCCACCCUGGGCGACGAGAGCUGGAACGCCGCCGCGCAGGACAUCUCCAAGGUCGGCUCGUGGGCCUACGGGUUCGACUGGUACAAGUCUGCCUCUUCCGAUUUCUACACCUACUACUGGACCCACGCUCCGCCGGGUCAGAGCCAGGGCGCCUUCCACCAGUCCGAGAUCAUGUACGCCCUCAACGCCCUGUACGCCAACGCCGACACCUACCCUUUCACUGAAGUCGACUACGAGAUCCAAGCCAAGAUGUCGGCCUACUGGGCCAACUUUGCCAAGACCCUCAAUCCUAACCUGGGAGGAUCUUACUCUGGUGCUGGGGAGCUGCCGGAGUGGGCUCCCAAUGACCCCAGUGGCGAGCAGAUCGUCAUGGAGCUCGGCAAUGCUUUUGAGAAUGUCUCCAUUGCUGAUCCGGACCAGGUCGAGUUCAUCAUGGAGUACUUCCACCAGCAGGUUCCUUACUAGUAGUAUAUUCAUCCAGAAUACUCUCUUUUCAUGCUAUUAGAUCUUUUUAUUGAUUUCAGUAAGC